AUGGAGGCAGAGGAUUUGGUUAAGCGAUGGGAAGGACUGCAACUAACAACAAAAGAAAGUGCCCCUUUCCAAGUGAAACUAGAAGGUUUAAAGAAGGAAGACAGAAAGAAAGAGCACUACAUUGUUGGCAGAGCAAUGGCGGAGAGGACUGUUAACAGUGAGGCUUUCAAAACCACCAUGUCUCAGGUGUGGAGGUUAGAAGGCUGGGUGAGAUUCAUUGAGAUAGGCGACCAAAGCUUUAUCAUAGAGUUUCAAAAACUGGAAGACAAAGACAAGGUCCUUGGUGGCAGACCAUGGUUUUUAGACAGAAGCUUGUUAUCACUGCAGGAGGUAGAUGAAACAAUCUCUAUCAACAGAAUACAGUUCCGAUACGAGCCUUUCUGGGUUCAAUUACACAACCUGACUCUGGCCACCAUGAAUGAGGAAGUAGGAGCACAAUUCGCAGCCUCUACAGGCCAUGUCAUCCUCGUUGAAACAAAAUUAGAUGGACGUACAUGGGGGAGGUGCUUAAGGGUGAGGGUAGCAGUGGACAUUCACAAACCUCUGCUCAGGGGAAAGUGGAUGCUAUUCGAAGAGAAAGAAUACUGGAUCUCCUUCAAAUACGAGAGACUCCAGAACUUUUGUUUUCAUUGUGGAAUCCUCUACCACAAAGUUAAAAACUGCAACAAGCUAUGGUACGAGAACCAAGAAGAAGACCAGGCUCCCCUAUAG